UUUUUUUUUUUUUUAAAAAAAAAGCACCAAAAAAACGGGUUUGGGGACAAAAGCGGCAGGUUUUCGCCAGGCGGGGUUCGGGAGGAACGGCAAACCUCCGGGAAAACAGCAGAGCUUCCCCCCCCCGGGAAAGAAAAACAAACAGCAAACUUCUAAAAAGCCGCAGAUUGCCCCCCAAAAGCAGCAGAUUUUCCCCAAAAAGCACCUCACACCCGGAAAAAAAAAGCAGCAGAACGCCGCCAGCGAGCGAGGAGCAUCCGCGCUGCCUCCCGCCAUGGCCUCAUGGCCUGGAAAUGACUCCGAGUGCCCCAACGGCUCCCGCUGGGUGCUCGAGGUGUUCAACGAGUGCGCCCAGGACGGCCGCGACAUCGCCAGCGUGGUGCUGGGGCUGGUCUCCAUCUGCUGCUUUGCCGCCGCGUCGUUCCCGCAGUUCUACCAAGCCUGCAAGACGGGCAUCAUGGACCAGGCCCUCUCCAUAUACUUCCUACUGGGGUGGCUCGGCGGGGACCUCCUGAACCUCAUCGGUUCCUUCUUGGCGAACCAGCUGCCCCUGCAGGUCUACACGGCCGUGUACUACGUGCUGGCAGACCUGGUCAUGCUGUCUCUGUACUGCUACUACAAAGCUAAGAACCGGGGCCGAGGAUUCGUGGCUCCCAUCAACGUGGCCUGCCUCUUCUGCCUCCUGGGAGCAGCCUCGGCCGUCCCCUUGCUGGGCAGGGCACCAGGCCUGGCCUCCGACGCCGCAGCCUUCAGAGGGAGGUCUCUGCUCUCUGCUGGCCCGGAGGAGCCUGAGUCCAAGCCCUUCACCAGGAACGAGAUCGUCGGCUUCGCCAUCGGCUCUGUCUCCUCCGUGCUGUACCUCUGCUCCCGUCUCCCCCAGAUCUACACCAACUACCAGAGGAAAUCCACCGCUGGCGUCUCCUACUCCCUCUUCGCCCUGGUGAUGCUGGGGAACUUGCUGUACGGCGCCAGCGUGCUGCUGAAGAACCCCGAGCCGGGGCAAAGCGAAGGGGACUACGUCCUGCACCACCUGCCCUGGCUCAUCGGCAGCCUGGGCGUCCUCUCCCUGGACGUGGUCGUAUCCUUUCUCCUCCGUGGUUUUCUUCGGAAUGGUGACACGAGGCUUUUCCGGGAUUGGGCAGAAGCAGGUGGUGGUGGUGGUGGUGCUUUUAGGCUGUUUUUUAGGCUUUCCUCCCUUGUGUCCUGGUGACUAAUUCAGCAUUGCAACAGCAGAGUGCCUCAGAGCAGUUUGCAAUUCAGCUCAUUGUCCCUUUACCCACAUCAAGGCCUCCCCACGCUUCCUCCUGCGGUGCAAACAGCCUUUUGGGGCUGGUCGGGUAGCUCCUUGCCUUCCUGUGAUGAGCCUUAACGUCCUCUCAGAUCUCUUUCCAGUUCCUUGCUUAUCGCGGAGGGCAGCCAGGUACUGGUGAAGAGAGAGACGCUCUUCUCGGCGAGCAGGGCGACGGCUUGGACAGCUGACAAAGGAGCGCGGCCCAGUACCAGAGCAGCGAGGUGCUGGUGAGGAAGCUGGCCUUGAAGCCGGGCAAGCCAGGCUCUCGAUCCCGUCCUCUUCUCUGGGUGGCACCUGAGAGAAGAGGGUGCGAGCCAGCGAGUGAUUUGUGCUGCCAAAACGUGUCUGCCUAGGGCAGGGGGCACAGGGUGCUGCUGUGAGUCCUCGUGCCCCUUCGAUACCAGUGAUGCUGCCGGGAUAAACGGAAAAGCUUUGAUACCUCGGACGGUCACUCCUCCCUGCUCUGAGCUCCACAGCUGCCCUCGGUCUCUUCUGCUGCCUGUACCUCAGCGGUGGUGUGGAGCUUGCACGUUGCGGGCAGAAGCGAUGACGAGAGCCAAAGGAGCUGCGGGGAGGGCACCGAGGUGACUGACCCCCCACGGCUGCCAGCACCGCAUGCCUCCGGGGGGUGGGCCGGUCUCACGUCCCUGCCCCUGAACUUGUGGAAGGCGGGGCAGUGGCUGGAACCCACCUGGAACAAAGGGAAGGUGCAGGGCAACCAAAGUGUUUGAGUUCACACGCAGGUAUUUUAAUUAGCAUGGCUCUGACUUCUAUAAACAAGUCCUUGCCCAA